AUGAAAGGCCGCCCUGUCGAAGAACUCGUUUACGAGUACAUGUUCCCAAAGCCCCGGCAGUCGGACCCUCAGAACUUCCAGGCCCUUCUCCAACGGUACCUGAUCCUAGAAGUCAGGCAAGAGACACACUCAUUUUACGGCCACCUAGACACACCCGAAGCCAAGUAUCCGGGGCUCGACUAUACCCACCCGAUCCACCGCAUCCGCCUAAGCCGCUGGCCAUGGCAUCGCCGCCUCUUCCGCGCGUUUGACGGUCUGCGGCUAACCCAUGCCGAGAUCACGGGUCUCACAAAGUGGGAAGGCACAAAGUGGGCCAAGGAGCGGUUCGAGCGGGACCAGGGCAUCCGCAUCCGAGAUACCACGGCCGACGGCUUCCCAAAUUACGCCGACCUCGACGACCCUUACUCUGCACAGUCCCUGCGCGCCGACUCGGAGGAGACGGAGGAACCUGUAGCGGCAGAGGAAGGAAACGGGGAAGAGAACGACGAGGAGGACGAGGAGAGCGACGAGGAGCUGGAGAGUGUCGGCGUGGCACUCAACGAGCGCCUCCGUCAGCGGGUUGCCAUGCGGACGAUAUCCGGGGACCACUCGAUGCCGCUCGACGAGGAGUGGGAGAACUGGCUCAAACACGCCAUAGAGUCGGGCGAGCUGCCUCACGUGGCAGAUCAGAUUGCCCGAUUCCCGGGGCCGCACAACACGCUUACCGCAGACGACAUCUUCCCGCCGCGCAUGAUAGCCGCUGCCAGGGCUGGCCACUGGGAGGAGAUCCCGGAUUUUCUGCACGACAUGAUCCGGCAGGCGCUCCAAUCCGGGCAGAGACCACCUCAGACAUCCUCUGCUGCGCCGUCGAGCGCCCGGGCCUCCAUCAGUUAUUCGAACGUGUUGAACACACUCGGCGACAUGAACGCCGCGGACAGGGUGGCCAUCUAUUACGAAAAUCAGCAGACCGCCCGUGCCGGGGUACGUCCGCCAGAAUCCGGCGGCCGCCGUGGAGCUGUGUCUGGGAAUCCGACACAACGGGCCGCACACCCGGGGGCUUGA